AUGCAGGUAUCUUUUCAUCGUUUCCCUAAAGACGGCACACAGUUCAAGAAGUGGAUCAUCGCCCUAACGAGAGAUGAAGGCCCUGAUUUUCGUGUGACCAAGUACACAAAGGUGUGCUCAAAACAUUUUUGCACAUCUGACUUUAUUCGUGGUGUUGCCAGUGGUCACCGACUUCUCAGAGACACAGCUGUGCCAUCAGUGUUUGCGUUUAACAAGCCGUGCAGCCUUCGGAAGCCACCAAAACAGCGUGCUGCACCACUGCUACCACGAUCACCAGCCGCACAGUCAAGUCAAGCACAAGAGCCAACCGAAAGCGUAGAUGUUCCGACCGAGGAAUAUGACAUACCCAUCACCGACAGUGACAUGAAUGGCGACAACUCUAUCGAACCUGCCUUUAAUGCCCCAAGCACAGAGGGGCAGGAGCAUCUGCUAUCUAUCAUCGUAGGGAAGGACCAAGAAAUAUUGAAACUUCGAGACAAGUGUGCUGCCUUAGAGGAACAGCUUACAUCUGCCAGGGCAGCCAUCCACGAACUGCGGGCACAAAAUGAAUCUCUAGCGUGCCAGCUUGACGAAGAAAAACAAAGGACAUCAAAUUUUUCCCUCGAAAAGUUCAAGCAUUCAGAUGAAGAUAUCAUGCUUUACACCGGUUUGCCCUGCUAUGAACAGUUCAUGAGUUUGAUGGAGUUCUUGGACCCAGGUGAACGUGGCUGUAAUGUUUUGCGCACUGAGGGCAGCAGUAGUACAACAAAGUCUACUGUAGGCCGGAAAAGAAAACUUAGUGUAGAAGAUGAACUCUUCUUGGUCUUAGUUCGACUGCGACUUGGUCUGCUUGAGGCUGACCUAGGUCACAGGUUUUGCAUCACGCAAUCUACGGUAUCCAGGAUAUGGACAUCAUGGAUAAACUUCAUGUAUGCCAAGCUCUGCACCCUGCCUCUUUGGGCCCCAAGGGAAGUCAUCGAUGCAACAAUGCCGACCGAGUUUCUGCACAAAUAUGCUUCAACAAGGGUGAUCCUUGAUGCGACCGAAAUACGCUGUAAAGUGCCUUCAUCUCUGUCACUACAGUCAAGCACGUACUCGUCUUACAAGUCGUCAAACACAUUUAAAGGCCUCAUAGGGGUGUCACCAAAUGGACUGGUCAGCUUUGUGUCCGAGCUGUUCACGGGAUCCACGUCAAACAGAGAGUGCGUCUCACGGAGUGGGUUCCUGGGGCCAAUCCCACUUUCGUUGGCUCCUGUCAUCAACCAAAUCUGGACUGUGACAGCUAUUCUUACAAACUUUCAAAGCCCUUUAAUUCAACACUGA